AGGCAAUGGGCAAGUGCCAAGGAGUUAUGGAACGCUUCUUGUGCGGGGCAUGAACAACAUCAGUAGCACCAGAACUACGAAAAGCUACCUACGGUGCUGCCAGCUUUCGACAAUGAACUCUGAACUAUUAACUACAAUAAUUGCAAUCCAGAACUUUACCGCGAGCCGUUAAUGGACUCCCCCAGGCAACUGUUGAACUUCGAGAUCAGGAUCAGGUGACUCCCAGCCACCUGAAUAUAUAUAUAUAGAUCUCGUACUCCUUGCAUAGUUGACUCCUUCAACUUAUUUACACCUUCAGAUCCUGUCCUUCUAUAGCAACCACAGACUUACGACAACCGGAAUAUGUCGCCCAAUUUCCUCGGCCUACCCAGCGAACUCCGCAACAGAAUAUACGAGCUAGUUCUUGUGCGCCAAGAUCGUAUCGAACCCUUGCCCAAGUUCAAACCACCACAGAAAUUCUCACCAGGUCUCUUUCGCACGAAUAAGAUUAUCCACCAAGAGGCAACUUCAUUAUUCUACGCACAAAAUUGCUUCGAUUUCUGUUUGGGCACCGCCAAGGACGUAAUUUCGUUCCUCGACCAAAUCGGCCGCAUGAACGCAGGCUAUAUCCACUCCAUUUACAUCGACUUCCCGCUUUUCGAAUCUCUGGAUGCUGAUCAUGUCGUCCUCAGAGCUCAUAGCAUCCGCAUUCUGGAGAAGAUACAAAGCGAAUGUGGCAACCUACGCACGCUUUCGAUGAUGUGCACGGACAACGAUUUCGGGGAGUGUGACAUCACAAAUUCAUGCAAUCCGGACUUCGUCGAUAAGGCAUUAAGGCUCGUGGAUACUCGAUGUAGAGCUAUUUCGUCGUUACGAGAGAUUAAUGUCGUGAUCUUCCGCUAUUUUCCAUACGAACAUAUAGAUGAGGAGAUGAAGAAUCUCGGGUGGACGAUCACUUUCGAAGUAGACGAAUGGGAGGACGAGUAUCCCUCUGACGGGUACAGUGAGAUAUCGGAUUCGGAUCACCUCUCUUUUAACAGCGAGGACGAUUAUGAUAUCGACAGUCUCUUUACACUAGCGAUAUGAUCGGCAAGUCGCAGACGCGGAGGUUGCUUGGGGAGUGCGGGUGUCUACUCAG